GCGUUGAGACGCAGGCUGCAGCCUGGUUGAGGCAGUCUAACUAGAGGCCAUAUUGGAAUCUAUGAAGUCGGCUUGCACUCUGAUGGAACUGAGUGUCUGUCGUUUUGGGAGUCUCUAAAUCGCUAUCCCGGAUUUAUACCCCAGUGAUUGCGCCCGGCAUUCCACUUGAGACUCUGCCAAGUGGGCGGCAAGUUGUCUCGCUUCUUGUGUGGAAAAAAUGAGUCCAACCGAUGCUAAACGAGGGGCUAAACGCAGGAAGAACAAGCGGGGCGGUGGCAGUAGCUGCAGUGCUGUCUGCAACAGCAGCAGUGGCAAGGCCGGGGCUGCCUCGGCCCUGGGCUGUGCGGGAACAGCAACACCUGCCUCUGUCGUCAGCUUCUUAACACCUGGAGGCACAGGCAGUGGCAAUUUGGGCUCUAUCACGGGCAUAAGCGGAGAGGUAAGAGUGACACACAGUAUGAACCGGCAGAUGUCUAAACGGGGGCGAGAAGCUAGCAGCGUUAUCAACGACACACAUCUGACCCGGGCCCAACACUGAUGCAAGGGAGGCAGCUGGCUAACCAACCUAUGCAACGUAGCUAGAAAUUAACCGGCCUAAUCAAUGCUAAUGCUAUUGGUUAUGCUCCAUAAAACACCCUGCCAUCUUAAAAGUCUUAUAGCUGGGUUUGUGUGUCAGGCUGAGUUUAUUAAAUUAGAUCAAACUACCGUAAACACAAGACUACGUCUGCCCCAAACGCUCUGACCACCAUCGUUAGCUGAAGUUGAGGUAACGUAGCUGAAUCGACAACUUUGACAACACAGAGCAUUAUUUUGAUCUCAUACAGUCCAGGCAGGUGGGGAUUACAUUCCCCAAAAUAGGAUUACAGUAGAGUACUAUUAGCUUCAACAUAGUUUACCAUAGGCGCUGUAACAUAGAUAUACAAUAAUGCUAGCUAAAGCUAACAGCCGAGAGCACCAACAACUUCAGCCCAGCCGGGCCUUGAUGUGUUUCUACAAACCGACCUUCCACCUUACGAGCUUCAAUUGUGUGAGUUUAACUUGGAUAUAAUAUAAGAAGAUAAUCAAAUAAACAUACAUAAAAUAAACCAAGAUAAAGUCUCAAGGUAGCACCAAAACAUCAAUUACCAAGAUGUCAGUCCAGUUGGUGUCUAUGUACCUAGCUCUAUGCAAUAAUAGCUUGAAAUGUCAUUUUAAAAAUGAAGAUCUGCCAUCAUAUGAACAUGCUAUGUAGCCUUGAAUUGUGUACAUGUAUGACAGGGAAAUUUCUUGACUUUUAUCCAGUUUAUUUGUUUGGUAACCCUUUCUGUAAUCAGUUAGUUUUAAUAUGUCCAAGACAACUCAAACAUUUGUGUUUUUAAGACACAUGCUCUCCUCCCAACCAAUAAGUAACCAUUCACCUUGUAUAUUGUGACCUCUUUAUCAGGUGCUCACCAUAACUGGUGUAAAAACGUGAGCUAGAGUUUCAGUUUUACUGUUAUUCUCUUCAAAAGUCUUUCCAGUGAAGUUAUGGAGUAUUGAUAUGUCAUGGGUUUAAGAUAUCCAAUUCAAAUUGAAUGUAAAUCAGGUUCAAAUGAACUUCCCUUCAAGUUUUAUUGGUCAGUGUGAUGCAAAUUGUUAGAGGAGUACACAAAGGUCUAAGUGCUUACAACUUCCUUGUAGAAAUGUUGAUUUUAAAAGGGCUGAACUGGCUUUAAAACAUUAAAAUACUAGUUAUAGACACACCUAACUUUAAGCAUAGCUUUUCUUGCUAGUGUGGGCAGGCCUGAUGGGACAGGCAACUUUCUGUACAGAAAGUAAAACAAAUGCAGAUAGUUUGGGGGUGAAGAAGGUACUAUUCUCUACUAAAAGAUUUAAAAUGUGAUGUUUAAUUUAUUUAUGUACCGGGUUGAUCAGCUAAGCAUCCCAAUAAAUGUCUACAUUUCUUUGACAGGCAGUCACUUGUAUGAAGUGUCUUAUCUAAAUUUUUCCAAGACUGAUUAAUAAAGCUAAUUAGGUCUGAGAUCGAUGUUAACACUGAGUUGUUCAUAUUCUUCAGGUCAAAGUGAACAACAGCAUUACUCCCCAGUUUACAGAAGGACCAGUGAACGCUGACUUCUCAGGAGUCCUUCAGGUAAAUUUACAUCAGAUGUUUCCAGAGUUCAUCUGAGGACACUGCCAAGUUUUUCUCCCUCACUCAUGGCCCACUUGCUCAACAGAGUUUACACAUUAUUGCCAGAAUGUAAAGACUGCUUCAGUGAAAUCCACCCAUUAAGAUGGCUUAAAUACCUUUUUAAUCACGCUUAUCCAUUUCAUACAAUUUUUCGCAACUUUCAGUAUCAGGACUAACACAUCCAUCACUAGCAUCAAGGGUAUUAAGUUCUACGAGAUAAGAUAAACCUUAAAUUUGCAGUGUUAACAGCAGCAAAAGGUUAACAUAGAAGAAUAAGCACUCUCAUCAUGCACACAGUAGUGCACAGACAAUUGUAUAAAAGUUAUCAUAGACCUAUACAGAAAAGAAGGUGGGAGUUUCUCUGUUAUUUGUGUUCAGUCCAAAUUUACCGAAUAUGAUGGUAGCAUUUCAUUGGUGUUGUUGCUGCCUGCCUAAAGUCAUUAUUAAAAACAGUCAUUUAAGUCUUAGCAGGACCAGUGAGGGCUCAGUUCCAGCUUCGUGUGAAGCAUUUGGUAAAAUUCGAAGCAGAGUCAUCAAAGAAUUUCUCAAGGACAAAAACAGACUUCAAGCAAUAUUUGUAUUGAUUGACCUGGGAAGCAAAAUAAAGAUCUCCUUAUGUAAAAGUUAGCAAGAACUGCUUUCUUAGAUAUAGAUAUUGGUUUUAGCACAUUUAAAAUGACAUAAUUCCCCUGGUGCUUAUUCAGAAACUCAUUUGGCUCGUGAGCUCGGCUACCCAGUGCCAGCCUACUUCUUUAUUUCUGUUUUGUAUAAAUGCUGCUUGUGUUAUGCUGAUAAGAAAUAACACUAAACAGGUCAAACUCUACUGCAAAGGUUCAGUAUAAUGCUAUUACAGGAUGGAAUGUAUGAAUUGAAAAUAGAAACAGGUAGGCAUUUGUGCAGGCUGCUUUUUUGUUAAAUCUCAAUUGUGCUUGAUUGUGAUCAGUUGCAUUGUUCUCAUUCAUAUCAUGAGCUGCGAUAGUUAUCACGCUGUCUGACUUUUACACUACUACAGCGGGUCAAACAGUCAAAAUACACCUCUGCCAGGGGAGUGUGUGAUAUCGUUUAGCCCGAAGCACUCUCAGAUUUAGAGCCUCACGGUACGUCUAUAAAAUGUAGCUGAAAUAGUUGCUAACAUCCUUCUUUUUACCAUCCAGAGGCUUUCUGCUCACUGCCAAUCACAGCUGACUUGGAAGCUGCAUUGAAACUGGAACGUCUGGCAGUGAAUUAUGUGUCAGUGCCACUCUGUGGUCUACUCACUGGCAGGGCUGUGCAUUGAGAAAAAGUUGGGGUGUUUUAUUAGAGAGCAGAAGAGAGUGUUAGACUGCUGGAAUAUCCAUGGAAGUAAAGUUUGACCUGGGUUAUACAAUGUUAGUGGAUUUAAUGUUGAGUCAAAGUGGGGAAAAAAUACUUAACUAACCAAGUCCUAUGAGAAAAUUGCCAUCAUUAAUGUUACUUAUUGGAAAGAGAAUAAGUUCAAAAGUCCAGAUUAAUGAGCAAAGUUAAUAUUAUACAAACUUACCGGAUCAAAUAACCAGAAAGUGCUUUCUUGCUUUUUCUUGUUACCUAAUGAUGUGGCUUUAUAAAUGAAAUCUACACAGUAGCUUCACAAAUGUUCUAAUUUGGCUGCUCCUCAUCGUACUCUUUCUUUCCCUCCUCACCUCAGACCCCAUUCACGUUUGGCCUGAACCAGCGGGCCCCCUACACGGCUGGCGAUCGCUGCCUCUUAUGCCGAUGUGAGCGUAAAGACAUUGCUGUGCCUUCAGAGGCCGGGAUCUCGGGCCAGAAUGGUACAUCACAGCCCAACAAGACACCCAGUGCUCUCCAGCUGCCUCUGUGGGUGUGCUCGGACUGCAGGCACACGGUGGAGAAGGAGGACCGGCACACAGCUCUGGAGCAGUCGUUGGGGGUAAGAGCUAUGAAGCUGUCAGAGACGAAUAUUAACGCAGAUAAAGUGUAGAGUCAGUGCUUUGGCUCUAACCUACAUGUCUCAGCACUGAUGCUAUAUAUCUGCAGUUGAACCCACACAGCUGUGGUCAGUCUUUCACUGGGUGGUGAAGCUCUUGUUUUCAACUUUUGUUUCUUUGCCAGAAAGCUCUGGCAGAUGUAGCAAUCGGACAGCUGCUGCAGUUCAGAAUCGUCCUAAAUGACAUACCGUCAUCAAGUAUUUAGACGCAGUUUUAUUCCAAAAGAACAACACGGUAGCAUCAUGCACAGUAUGUCAGAAUAAUGCAAAGGUCAAACACAACAAAAUACUGCGGGUAAAAUAUUGUAAUUUCUAAAUGGAUUACAUUGGUUUUCUUACUGGACGUCAGAGCAUGACUGUAAAUCACCCGUCCGGCCUACAUUUCAUGGAUGCCAUGAUGUCUCAGUCUUAUCCUUCUUCAUAUAAAGAGCUUCUUUAUGUGAGACAGCCUGCCUGUGUGCUCCGCCUGUGUCUUUGCAGUAACAACACCAACUUAAAGUUGAAAAAUCUUGUGAUUCAACACAGUUUCAGCUCUGGUACAAAGUGGCUUUUCUUCCUCUUGAUUGCUAUAACAGGAGUGUAAUCAAUUACAUUUAGAGAUAAGGCUGUUGGCUGGGACUACUUUACCUCAAAGUGGACUUAAAAAAAUUAGGUGUUCACUUUUGUUCAACUUUAGUAAGUGUUUUCGUGCCUCUUUAGACCAAGAGCGCAAUAUAACAAGCAAGAGAAUGUGUUUCUUUCUGUCUAGACUGUAAGCAGUAGACAUUGCAUCAUUAAUUUCUAAGCAGAGCCCAAAGCUGAUUGUCAUAACUGUGGCUGUACUCCUGCUGCCACUUCACUCUGCUGUGUGUUUGCUCUAUUUUUGGUAUGUGUGACCUGAGCCGCAAGUAAACUAUUGUGAAUCAGGAGUAAUACUCAGUCUUCUCUUCUCUUCAAACUGCAAUUAUCGUCUUAACACAGUGUGUAUUCUGGUUUAUUCACUGUUUGCACAUCAGCGUCAUGUCUCUGAAUUAUGGGAAAUUUCCAGAAUCGUUACUCAACUGUUGGACUGGAAAAUUAAAACAAGAAAUGAGAUUAAGUCUGUAUAUUGUAGCGGGGUUUCAGGUUUGAAAAUAAUAACCCUUUGUGCUGCUGGAUUGACCUGAUAACAUUUCACAUUUUCACACACUGAUCAGAUCACCCAGGAAGAUAAUGUAUUUGCAUUUCUUCUCCAAUACAGACUCCUACAAACUCUUACAAGUCAAACUGAUUUUGUUUCAUGACUGUUAUGAGAAGACUUAUUAGUUCCCCAGUGCUUCAUGUAGUUGUAGCACUAGUUCAUGUAGUAUUGACCAGACUUUGGUGACGUCUCGUCAGGUGUGUCAGGGGGUUUGUAUUUCCUCAGCUAUGGGUGUGGCUGUUUUGGGCCUUCUGUUUGACUUGGGCUUGGUUUCCUCAUGAGCGUAUUGUUCGUCUCAUCCCCAUACUACGCCUGCUCACAAAGUCUUGGCCUUUAGGAAUACUUAGGGGGCUUUCUAGCAAAAAGCAGCAGCACAAAUUUGACCUGAAACAGAAAUAAGUCACAGUGGUUCGAUCAAAAACCAGAGAGGAUUCUGUUAAAGUCACAGAGAUUUGUCACUGACUACUAAACUUAGAUCUCCAAAAACAUCUGAUUUUAGGUAAAGGACAAUUUUGGUCCCUUGCCAUCUCAGCUGUAUUGAUACAGAGUCAACAUAGAGCUACUUGAGCAGACUUGCAUGUUAUUGCUGAAGAGACUUCCUCUUAAGCUGAUGAAUCAGUUUUAAUAUCAAUUAGAGUAAAUACAUUUCCUGCUUCCUGUUACCAGACCUGAGGGUAAGAAAUGAUUUAGAACCAAGAGAUAUUAUGCAAAUGAUGCAUGUCAUUUGACUUAAGUGCGUGCUGCUUACUAGUCUCAUUAAAGGUUGUGAAAUAUCACGUCAUGCUUUUCCUCUUUUUCCAGAUUUAAUCUGAAAUAGAUGUCUGUCUGAUAUCAGGGUACAGCUCCUCAGAUGAACUCUCAGAUGUGACUGUUGUGCAUGCAGAGUCUGUAACGAUGACGCAUGACUGUAAAACAUAAACAUGCAUGUGAUGCUGCUGUUGUCAGACACCCCGUCAUGUGCUAUAGUAAGUUAUCUGGAUUUGAAGACUCUAGUUCUGCUCCCUGUGCUUGUUAGUGUUGUGGGCACACAAAGAAUCAGAGUGUUUACCUUUUAGUCAAGCACAUGUACAACAUAUGUGUAGUGUUGUGGAAAAGUUCAUGAGAUUCUAUAGGUGUAUAAACUGCCAUCACAGUGCUGGCGACAGAGAUGAGAAACUUAAAUCAUUGUCAGAAGUUAUUGAUGAUGUGCCACUGCAGGUUAAAAAGCUGGAUCCAAUGUGGUUAAAGUAGGAGGGGGAUCUGAUAUUAAGUAGGGCUGGGACGAUAUGCUUUUCUCCCGAUUCGAUUCUUCUACGGUUUUUUGGAUGUCAAUUCGAUGUAAAUUGCGAUUCUGCGAUAUUGUCGAUUUUCUCAAAUCAGUUAAAUGAUUCUGAUUGUCUACUGACUAUUCCAGGAACUAUAUUUCCCAAAAAAAUACACGUCACAUUAAGUCGGUUAUUAAGAUUUAUUCUUAAAUUUAAAAAAACAAACAAAAAAUCAUUAAUUAAAAAAUUGUAAAACAAAAAAUUGUGAUACUUAUGUGAAUCAAUUUUUUUCCCCACACCUAAUAUUUAGUAUUCAUGUUUAAUAUGAAAAUGGCGUGUAUGAUCUUCUAAGUGCAAAUUUUUAAUCUGCUGAAUGCACAUGCCAAUGCUUUUGCUAAGAUUGCACAAAAAAGGUAGAAAGUGAUGCUGAAAGUUAGAGGCAGAGAAACUCGAACACAUCCUCUUUGUUACUGUAUUCAAAGUCAGUCUCUUUGACUCAGAGUGGAUGUAAUAUUUGUAAUAUUGAAGAAUAUUUGUCAAAUCAAAAUUUCUUUCAAUUUCCAAAAUCGUAGUAAGAUGGUGAUCAGUGUUUUGCUUGUACUCAGUGAAGUAAUUAAAUAAAAAGGAAGAUACAUAUGUGUCUUAUUGUGUUGUUAUUUAUAUUUUCCCUCAGAGCCAGGACUUCCUUUUGCACAUGCCUGUGGGCAACGGAAACAUCAGCCAAGAGGCAGCCCCGGGGGACAGAUUGACCACUGCUGUGCCUACACUACCCAUGCUCCCUGCCCCUGAGCUCACCGCACCAAUGCCUGCUGACACCGUGUGCAGUUGUGAAGCCUGCAACGAGAGACGGUCAGUUCAGAGCGACUACGAUUGAACAGGCUUUUGAUUAUUGAAUCUCCCUUCUAAAAGUUUUUCUUGUCAUCUGUGAUCAGGGAAAUCUCCGCUGGGUCAGAGAGGGAGUCUCAACAACUGCAGAAUCACUGGUCAGAGGUUCGCUACCUUGUGCGCUGCAUCUACCGUCAAACAGGAACUCCAUUAGCAGAUGAUCACGACCAGCCUCUUGAAAGAGACAAGGAGGGCAUGAAGGAGCUGGUGGACAGGUAGAACUGCUCUCUGAGUGUGUUUGUCCACUAGAGGUCUCUGUUGAUCUACAAAAGCCUGCUGUGGGUGCAGGAAAUAAGUCUUUGUAAAACAAUCAGAGACCUUUGAAAGUGGUGCUGUUAACCAGAUAAAGAGUGUUGUUGCAGAUAAAAUUAGUUGCACUAGGUCUUAUAUAAUGGUAUCUUCACUUCCUUGAGUGGUUCCACUGAAAUAGGAUCUUGUUGAGUGACUCAUUGAGGGAACUUCUAGACAGUGGUCAAAAGGGGAAAGAACCUGAAGUUCUCUAUUACACCUGCUUAUCAAGUGUAAAUUUCAGUAUUUUUCUCACAUUCAGGGAUUUAUUUCCUUAAUUUUUUUCUCAUACAGACUCUGUGAGAAGGACCCCUACCAGCUGUAUCAGCGGUUGGAGCAGCAGGCCCGAGAAUAUGUCUUGGAAAUGAAGGUGCGGCUACUGAAGCACCUUUCGACAGGCCCCAAGACGGCAGGUCCAGUGGGGAACGUUGCUGCAGUCCAGGGUCCUCCUCAGGCCUACCAGUUAAUUUCCCUGCUGCUGGAGGAGUACAGCGCUCUCUGUCAAGCUGCACGCACCAUCAGCAGCUUCCUGCUCACCCUGGUCAGUUUACCAGCUCUCCUGCGGCUGGUUGUAGAGAGAGUUCACUCUGCCUUUUCUUGUGUAUUCUCUGAUUCUAACUUGUGUCCUUUCUUCCUCAGGAGAACGAACAUCUCCAGAAAUUCCAGGUGACAUGGGAGCUGCACAACAAGCACCUUUUCGAGAAUCUGGUGUUCUCUGAGCCCAUCUUGCACAGCAGUUUGCCUGCACUGGUUGCACAGCUGAAGUAAGAGUUGACAGUAAAAUGUCAUGUACUUUUCCAGCUGUUUUAUUUCAUUCAAACUUCAGACUCAAAUGAAACAAAUUUUCCUUUUUUAAAUGCAUUUUAACACAUUCAGUGCCAGGUUCACUUACGUAAUUUUCACCCAGUGCCAUCAUUGACCGCAAUAGAAAUUUCCAUAUCUUUCAGGACCCACAGAAUAUCUUGUGCUUGGACUAGAAUUGAGUGCAAUAUCUCAAAAGAAAGGGGUGAUUCUCUUCUUUCACCAGACAAAAAGUGUGGUCAUAUCAUCUUUGCCGAUCUGGAAAAGAAACCUGGGGAAAACACAUUUUUUACGGAGAGACUUUCAAGCAGAACGCUGAUCGUCUAUUUCAUUUCACUUCAAACUACGUUACCGGUGGCAUCAAGGUCCUCCCUCCUCUGACACCACUCCUCAUCUGAUUGUGAUUGGUCACUUUUUGACGGCUGUGAGUCGUAUUGGCCCUGACACCGUGACGUAAACCACACAGACUGCUCGUGUACUCCUCGCCGGGACUGUUGCUUAAUUCCGGCUCAGUCUCACUCACUAGUAUCGGCACCGGCCGCACAACGACACGCCGGAAAAUUGUGUCUUUGAUUGUCUGCUGACGAUCUGAGGGUCUGGUACCAGGAUCUCCACUUGAUCCAGAGGCGGUAGCAUGGCCCCCACAGAAGCCGAUGCACUUAGCUAGUGACUUCGGCAUUGUCCGACUCUCCUUAUAGAGAAAAAAACACUCCACAACAAUGCUAAUUAUGCUAAUUGGCACACUCGAUGGCACACUUCUCACUGGCGAGUACUUGUUUUUUGUUAUUGUAACAUAGUUAUGAUGUAUUUGUCAGCUUUUCUGCAUUCAGAAUGACCCCAAACUUUGUCGCAUGUUGGGGAGGAGCGCCCUCUGGCGGAAAACAAAAAAACAGAAAAAUCUGCCAAAAUCCGCCAUUGGCACUGAAUGAGUUAAAUAUGUUCAAAAUCUUUCCUAAGCCACAAAACAAGGUUUGGGUUGUUGUUGUUUUUUAUAAUUUGUCUCUUUCUGCAUCCUUCUUUUCAGACAUGGCACAGCCUCGCAUGAUUCAUACAAUGAAGACAUGUACAGGACCUUGUUAGAGAGCUACCAGCAGCUGCAGCAGGAGAUGGCUUCAGUGGCAGCUGAGUGGCAGGAGUGUGAGAAGAGGAUCGAUGACUAUGUAGAUGAACAGGUAAACACAUCCAAGGCAGAGCAUUAAACAGGAAAUGAUGAUUUAGAAAGAAACCUGCAGUCAAAGCUGAAAGAGUCUCUGUUUUUCAGCUGCUUUUGAAGGUCGAGGGUCAGAGUCUCACCAACCAAAGAACAGAGCCACACAAGUCCUUAAUUAGCAAAAAUGUAAGAGGCAUAAAAACACAUAAAUUUUGUCCUAUCAUAGUAUUUCGCUUUCUUUUACUUAAAGAACUUCAUAUCGGUUUCAUUAUUUAUCCAUUUCCAGACUUUGAAGACCAAGCAGCGAAUGCUGAAGGAGGACUGGGAGUUCUUUAAGCAGAGGAGAUUUAUAGAAGAACAGGUAGAAAAAAACAAAACCAAACGGAGAAAGCAGCCGGCUCAUGGCAGGUCCAAAUGUUCUCCUCUGCUCCUCACAGAAGUUUUAUUUUUAAUUUUUGUUGUCUUUGUAGUUACCUAACAGCAAAAAGUCCCCCACCGGAGACAACAACUUCACAGACACUAUGAGAAUGCUCUCAUCUCGGCUGAGUAUUCCAGACUGUCCAAACUGCAAUUAUAGAAGACGGUAAGUUUCCAGCACUCAGCAGUGUGUUAUUAUCUGCCCCUGGGAUCAUCAGACUGUUUUUAGAUGUAUGUAACUGAACAGACACGUGAGGCUGCCUUCAUUGAAACACAGGGUUUUCUUUUUUAGAUGAGCAGCUAUUGCAAAGUUUAUGAUUCUCUCUUUUCUAAUGAGUCAACAGAGGAGUGAAAGAAUUUAAUUCCCCAGCUAAUUAUAACGCACAUGUUCACAUCUGUAAUCCUUUGUGAUUCAGAUGUGAGACCAGGACUAGCUUGACUUAAAACUCUACCAGGGGUGGGCAGUAACCAAUCACAUCCGCUCCAAAUGUGGUAAUUGAGUAACUUUUUGUUUACUUGCACUUUUUUUUAAUAGUUUUUUUGAAGUCAGCACUUUUACUGACAUGUAUUUUUGGACAGUAUCGUUAUUCUCUACUGUUUACAUUGCACCCAUUACUGAGUAAAAAUAAAAAGUGUACAAGCUUUUCAUGAGCUGUGUAGAUUGGCUAAUGGCGACUAUCUGACAGUCAGGUGAACUAAGAUGUAGCAGGGAGGAAGAUCAGGCAUGCUGGUGCUAAAAUCAUGACAAGAAAAACUCUCGUAGGGUUGGAAAUGCGUUUGUUUUAGGCCAGUGAAUCAAUCCCUAAGCAUGGCUUUUAUAAAACUGAGACCUCGUUCCAAACACAGUAAAGCAGAGAGCGAGCUACAACUUGGUUUUGAUCAGUAUGGCCCAUAUUGCUAGCCGGACAGGAACAUUUAGCUACUUCAACUCAUACAAAAUCCCUUCACAUAUGAGAUUGUCUUCUUGUUAGUUCUACCUCAUGAAUAAGCUCAGAAAAAAAAACACUUUUACAUAAUUUGGGGGUUAUUUAUCAGGAAUAAUUUCAAGGACUCAGUAUUUAGAGUAAAUUUACUGUUGAGUAUUUCUAGUUCAUUUUACGUUGGUUGAUUCACAGCUUGUUAGUUUUACUCCCACAGAGUAAGUUGUCUUUAAAGUAACUAAACCUUUACCUGAGUAGAGUAUUUCAGCUCCCUCCCUUUCUGAUUUCUGACCCUUUAUUUUAGACCAUGUUGUAAAUAGGGAUGUGAAUCACUAGUGGACCCACGAUACGACAUUGUCACGAUACUUGGGCCACUAUACGAUAAUAUUGCGAUUUUAAACAAUUUGCAAUACAGUGAGUAUUUCGAUACAAUAUAUUGCUAUGACACAAUUUUUUCAACUGUUUAGCUAAUUGAGCAUUUGUCUUUUCUUUAUGUUUGUCUUAUUUACGCUGUAUUUUAUUUUCGUGUAGCACAUCUUGUACCUUAUAUAUUUGUUGUACUAACUUUCUGCUGCUUCAUGAUGCCACCUCUGCCGACCUCACUGGACAAACAGUUGAUUUUAUUUUUCCAUUAUCAUAGAUUUGACUUCAUAUUAACAAAUAAUCUGAAAAAAUCGAUACUUUGUAAAUGAGACGAUACGAUUUAUCACCAGACAAAAAUAUUGCAAUACUAUGCUGUAUCCAUUUUUUUCUCCCACCUCUACUUGUAAAAUCAGUGUAAUGAACAUGAUCUUUUCUUUACCAUGUAUUUUAGCUCAAUUUUCAAUGUGGUAAUGUUAGACAACAACGCUCUGUUGAUGUUGUGUGUUUUCCUCAUCCCCAAAGGUGCACAUGUGAUGAUUGUAGUCUAUCCCACAUCCUGACUUGUGGCAUCAUGGACUCUCCCAUCGCUGAGGACCUCCACAUCAAGCUGCCUAUGCAGGGUGAACCUCCUCGAGACUACCUGGCAGAGGUUCACCCUCCCAGCCUCUCCUCCGGGAGUUCAGCAUCGGGCUCCAACUCCAGCUCUCCCAUCACCAUCCAGCAGCACCCACGACUCAUCCUGCCUGAGGGGGACACCAACACCUUGUGAGUCAAUCUUUAUCGUCUCAUCGAAUGUUCGUUGAGAGGUUUGGUUUUUUCACAGGAACUUUCCCCUGAGAGUCGUGAGGCUUUUGAGUGGGUUUCAACCAGAGUAAGGUCCAAAUUAACCCUGCUUUCACGUGCUCCUCAGAUUUUCCAAGUAGGGCUGUCAAAAAGUUUUCAGUACUCUCAACACAAAUGUGAUUAUGCCUCGUAAUGAAACUAUUUGUUUCCCUUUAUAACAAAUAUAUUUGCACACCUCUUUUGUAGACAAUAAUUUCCCUUCUUUCACUUCCUCCUUAACUUGAUUACACAUUUCUGCCCUCUUCCAGUAUUAGCGAUGAUGACGAAGUGCCUCCAUUGUCCAGUAAGUUUGGGGACAUCUACCCUAUGAGUGGCUAUGAGGACAACAGUGUCGUGACGGCUGCUGUGAACGGCCUUCAUAAUGACAUCAACGGGGAAGCUGAAAAUGUGGCACUGAAGGCAGGGGUGAGUUAUAAAAAGACCGAGAACAGUUGUGAAUUUUCCCUGCCGAGUUUCCUAACAAUGAAACUACUGUUCAUUAUGAGUGAGUUAACGGUAAUACGGGAAAAGUUCUUACUUAACGGAGUCAUCUCUGUUGCAGUCGCCUCACAUCAGUAGCAGCAGCAGCUCAUCGGAGGGUGACGAGGAGGAGGCUGACGGGGAGGUUGGUCAGGAGCCUCAAGGGCAGCAGGAGGAGCUCUCCUCAGCAAAUAACAACAGUCCUCCACCAUCGUACAGCCACCAACAGGUGCUGAGACAGUCCCAAUGAGCGUUUUUGGUGGAAAUACUCAGAAAUCCUGUGAAUGAAUCCCAUGUAUUCAUGUAGCCAUAUUUCAAUGUGAUAUAAAUCAGACAUGAGUGUAGUAUUAGUGACGUCACUCAUCGGUUUCAGAGGAGUAGUUCAGAGAUGAAUUGAUGUCAGGCAACAUAUUAGAAAUGCUGACUCGUGAAAUUUAAAUGAGGGUAGAAACCAACAAAGAGGUGGUGCUGAGGUGGCACUUAUGCCUUCGCUUGAACAGUUACAGCUAGUUAUGCUGAUUAAUGCAGAACUUCUAGCAUGCAUGUAAUCGCACAGAUAAUAUAUUUUUUUGUAAUUCCCAUCCUCAUGUUUUUUUUUAUUUUUUAUUAUUAUUAUUUUUUUGCACAUCAACACCUUUUUUUUAAUACUAGAAGUUACAGCUUGAUUUCCCUCUGUUCUGCAUCUAUUUAUAUUGAUCUAGUAAGGUAUCAAAAAAUGUAUCCAGGUACUCUUUCUAAAAUGUUCUAUUGAAAUAUAUUGAUUUGAAGGUACAGUGUUAGCAAAACAGUAUUAGUAGAGAUAGAAAAUAGUCAAAAAAUAUUCACAUUCAUGUUAAAGUUCAUGUAAAAUCCCCUGAAUUAAAAAAAAAUGUAUUUGUUGACUAAGAAUUGUAUCUACAUGGUACCUGAUCCACAGAGGUGAUUACUUUGCACAGCAGCACAAAACAGACAAACUAGUAACAUGCAUGAUUUUGUAUUGAGUGAGUAACUGCAGUAAAUGCACUGGUUUGAAGAAAUAGAAGAAGACAGGGGUGUUGUUAUUGUUGUGAGCAAAAAAGGGCCGUUAAUGUCAGAUGUUUUUGAUGGUGAAAAAUGAAGACAAAUCAAGAAUUUGACUGCCAGAAUUCACCGGAUAUCACAAUUUCUAUACACGGUCUUCUACUCUAACUGUAAUGAUCAGUAAUUGUUUGCAAUUGUUGAGAUUUAAAUCUUGAAUCACCAAGACGAAGAUAAAGAUAUUCCUUUUGUCAUCAAAGCGGUAAAAAGUUCAAACUGAUCGCACUGUGCAGUUAGACCCAAAGAACUUCCAUUCAGCAUAUUCUGACUCUGUGUUACCGCUCUCAGGUCGAACAGCUCCAGCAUGCCUGCGAGUGCCACGUGUGCAACCAGGACCCCGGCUCCUCCACCCUGGGCUCUGCCACAUGUCUACCCCCCAGUCCUCUCCACGCUGCACCUCCUCCCACUGUCGGGCACCAGUUCUUCACAGACAGCAAGACUCCCCCCACCCACCCCGCCCUCCACCUUUACCCACACAUCCACGGCCACCUGCCCCUACACAACUUCUCCCGACCCCUUCUUCACCCCACACUCUACCCCCCCAGUCCUCCUCUCACACACAACAAGGUAAGGAUGAAUCUCUUCCUGCCUACUUUCUGUAGACAGUAGGAAAUGAGAGCGUCUCAGAGGGAAACUGAUUUAUUUCCUCAUUACUGGGGAUUUUGCAAGAUUCCAGGAACAAUACUGGGUUUUGUUGAAUCAGUUUCACUUAGUUACGGUUUCAUAAUCUGCCACAGGGGGGCAGCCUUAAGUCAAAAAAUGAAUUGCGUAAAAUCUUAAAACCUCAGACUAAUGUGUCAUCAUCUUUAUCUGUCUUUUUUUCAAAGCCUCUGCCCCCAAACCCAACAUCGAACCACUCAGCCGCCAAACAGCCGGCCUUCAGCCCUUCUUUACCCGAGCACGUUUACCAGAACUGUUUUAGCAGUGCCGGUGGAGCAGGGGACUGGAACAGCUCAUUGCAGUGCCUCUCGCUCAAGUUUGAGAACCUGUGGGAUGCUGCUGUGAUGAAGAGCUGGAAUCCAUCAGUGCUGUUGCCUGAAUCCCUGCCAGGUGAGCCUGCGAAAAAAAGUUGUCAAAUUAGAUCAAGAAAAUAAGGAUUUGAGAUUACAAAGCAUCUAUAAAUAGCCAAGUGAAAAUGAAAUACAUCAACCCAAAAAAACCUACAAGGAAAAAAAGUUCAUUUGGCUGUCAAGACUGUGACCUCAGACUCUGUGUGUGUGUUAGAUCACAUUCUGAUUCACAUCUGCCUCACUCCACAUUUGAUCAUUUGUGAGUCGCAGCUACGAACACAAUGUUUGAGUUGUCUCAUUCAGAGACUGCAGGAAACUUGCCUUCUGGUUAUUUUUUCAUUUCAACUGGUCCAUGAACAGAGAAGUAACAAAAAAAGAGGCCCCACAACCCAAAUCAUCGUCGACAGUGCAUGACAGACAUGACUCUGUUGGGGAAAUCACGACACACAUCCUCAAUGAAGGUUAAACUGUGCAAAGAGGAAACCAUAGAUGAACAAAAUCUAGAAACACCUGCCAGUUCAACCCAUCAAAGCCCAUCCUGUCGUCUGACAAAUCAAGCAUUGACACUCUUCAAUCAAUCAAUCAAUCAAUCAAUCAGUCUUUAUUCAUAUAGCACUUUUCAUACACAACCAUGUAGCACAAAGUACUUCACACAGAAAAAGGAAUAAAUAAAAUAAAGAAUACCCACAUCUACCCCAAUCCAACCCCUCAUUCCCACCCCACGAUCCAAAGGCAACAGAAACGGUAUUAAAAUGCAUUAACUUAAAAAAGGGCUUGAUUUCGUGGAGACAGGAAUGUGCGCACUGAGGAAACGUCAUCUUAAAACUCAAUAUAAGGAAACACUGGAGGUUUAGGUUAAGGUCUAAAAACAAAGUAACAUAGAAUGACAAAGAUAUAAUGGAUAAAAUGAAAUAAAAACAGUAAAAGAUACUAAAAUAAGAGCACCAAUAUAGCUCAAUAAAAUACGAUCCUGUCAUUAAAACUAGAAGAGAUAAAUGCUAAAACAUUUAAACAAAGUCAAUGAUAUUAGAUUUAGUGAAAAGAAAGACUAAAAAGGUGCAUUUUGAGUUUGGUUUUAAAGUCGUUAAGAUGAGGUGCAGUACUCAGGUCUUCAGGUAAGCUGUUCCAUAGACGGGGGGACGACUAUGAUAUGGGUUGUAGGGCCUCUUUUUGGAAAUCAUGAAUUAUAUGUCCCUUGCUUUAAAGAAGAGGCUGACGACCCAGUUUGUUAUCAGCGCACAGAUUAAAAGUCAGCAUCUGUGACAGUACAGGGGUUGGAUGAGUGCCUAUAGCAUGAGUCGCUGACACGUAUGCUACUUUAAAUGCUUAAUGGCAUGUUCAGGUUUUAGAGCCUGUACUUGCCUCUUCCAGGGAAGACGUUGCGGAAUACUGUUAGACAAUGUUUGUCGCAGAACUACAAGGCUGAUUCAUUUUUGUUCCAGGUUUAAAAAAAAAGAAAGGAAAAAGUCAGAUGUGAAGCCCUGACAAAUCUCCUCCUGUUCUUGUCAACAGGUGACAUGCUCGGCCCGCCGCUCGCUGAUGUACCCCUCCCUCCCACAUCGUCUAUCGGCCCCCAAGGGGAACACCGCUCUCUGCCCACUCCGCUACCCCCUUCCUCUUCCACCCCCUCAUCGCUGUCAUCGUCUUCAUCGUCAUCCUCCUCGUCAUCAUGCUCCUCUUCGGAAGCUAAAGAGCAGAAGAAGAGUGGCGCCAAGAAGAAGUGUCUCUACAAUUUCCAGGAUGCCUUCAUGGAGACCAACCGAGUGGUGAUGGCCACCUCCGCCUCCACGUCCUCCGUGUCCUGCACUGCCACCACUGUCCAGUCAAGUAAUAGCCCACCCAUCCACCUAGCAUCCAAAAGACCCAACUCUUUAGGUAAUAUAGGAGGUAGGAGCGGUGCUUAGGUUUGUACUGUUCAGAGGACGUUUCUAUCACUUAGUUAUGGCCCAGUCCAGAUUUAGGACCGUGGUCUGACGCCCUGUAAUGACAUCAUCGAUGAUGGUUUUGAUUUUUCCUCGAAAAGGGAGAUUUAAAAAGUUCAGAGAAUAACAGUGGCUUUUCUUCACCAUGUUCAGCUUAGCCUAACUUAGUUUUAAUCAACAAGCAUCAUGUUUGACUUAAAUGAAUGAAAGUGUUAUUAUUCUGUAAUUCUCUCUGAAUAGUUUCAUGUUUGACAGUUUUAUUGAAAAAGAAAAAACAAUCUUCUCAUUGAACACACCUUUGUUUCUUCCAGACGAUGUAUUUCACAAUCUAGGUAAAGAGGACCAUAGACAACCUGCUCCAGCCCCUCCUAGAAGCUGCCCUUCAGGACUCACUCCCCUUCCUCCACUCUCAGGCCCCACCUUACCCCCAGCACCCACCACACAUCUCCCCACAAUGGGAUCCCAACCCUUUCCAAAGAUGGCCGCUCCAGCCCCGGAUUUCAUGGAGGCCCACCAGGGCCUGUGCCUCCCACCCGCAGAGCCUCCAACCUCCUCAGUAGAUGGUCCUGUCAGUGCCCCACCCAGUGUGUGCAGGUAGGACCACCACUGCAUCCCGCAGGAUCACAAUCAAGGAUGCCUGUCGAUGAAAUGUGACAGUGAGAAAGAUGUGAAUGUGGAAGUGGUUUGUGAUGUGGGGCAGAAGUCAUUUCAGGGAUCAGUUUUAAGUGUCGUUCCUUUUUUAGUGAUCCUGAUUGUGAAGGCCAUCGCUGUGAGGGGAACGGGACAUACGAGCACCCACCGUACGAUGGAGAGGAGAGUCCUGACGACGACAGCUGCUCUGAACACAGCUCCUCCACCUCAACAUCCACCAACCAGAAAGAAGGAAAAUACUGUGACUGCUGCUACUGCGAGUUCUUUGGCCAUGGCGGGGUACGAUUAUCUCAUCACUCACUGAAAUAAGCUUUUUCACCUCGAAUUGGGGGCUAUUACCGUAAAUAUAUGACAGUGUUUUUCCUUUUUCCUCCAAUGGUUUUAUAUUAUGGUUUUACAGAACUAAAGGAGAUAUGAAUGUAAGAUAUUUUUUUGUGAGGAAAACAUGUGGCUAUUAUUGAACUGACUGAGUUUUAGUGGAGCUACAUAAAGUGGUGACUGUCAGGAGUCAGAAUAUUUAUGUUUGCCCCCUGUGCCCACAAGUCCACACUUCUUGUAAUCAUAAGACGACCAAACAGCAGCUGCAGCACUUUCAGCCCGGUAUAAACAUUAGGGCGGAGAGGCAAAUCCCGACAGUUAUUUUCCAGCAGAGGGAAAACAACAAGUUUGUGCAAUUGCUGUGUCACAGUUGGCUUUUGUUUCAAACACUGACAUGAGGAGGAGUCGAGGCACUUUGGUCAAUGGAGAGUAUUCUUUGUGUACAGUAAAGACAACCCAUAUUUAAAGCAGUGUAGAUGGCGCGGAAAAAUUCAUGUCAUGAUAGAGUGUGGCACCGGUGACAGUGUUGAAAGUGGUACACCACCCACCCUACAUCUGAUCUACAUGUUUAUCACACAUUCAGAGCACAAUUCUGCAUGUUCUCCUAACACCCAGUUAAAGUAGAAAUGUCAUGCCUCUAAAUAGAUUAUUUUAUCCCCCGCUGUGAAAACAAUGAAAGUAGUGCUUUGCCCAUUUUGGGAAGAAUCCUUUUAGACUGUUUGCAAUAUUUUCUGUUUUUAUUCCCAGCCUCCUGCUGCUCCUACCAGUCGAAACUAUGCAGAGAUGCGAGAAAAGCUGCGCUUGCGUCUGACAAAACGUAAGGAGGAGCAGCCCAAACGCGAGGAACAGCAGCCCAUAAUAGAACGAGACGGAGGAGUGGAGGACCAUAGACGGGUAGAGGACUUGUUGCAGUUCAUCAACAGUGCUGACAAUAAACCGGCCUCUAGUUCUAAGGCUGCCAAACGGGCCAGGCAUAAACAGAAGAAGGUAAGUUAACUCCCUGAAAUGUGUUAAAAUAUCAAAGUGUUGCCGCAUAAAGCCUCUCAGUUGGAACCAUGUAGAUAUGUAUGAUAUGUAUGAUACAAUUUUAGUUUUUGUGCGUCACAGCCGUCAUAUUGCUGAAAGUGUAUGUCUCCGAUUUCUUCAGAUGGAGGAAAAAGCACGCCUGGAGGCAGAGGCCCGCGAAAGAGAAGAGCAGCAGUUGUUGGAAGAGCAGCAACGGCGGCAGCGGCAGGAAGAGGAAGAGGCAGCGCUUCAAAAGGAACUGCUGCGGCUGCAGGAGCUGCAGCAACAUCGCGCUGCCAAGAAGAAAAAGAAAGAGAAAACGAAGGAAAACACCGCUCCCCCUCAAAACAACCCACAGCCCCUCAAACAGACAGCUCAGAACGUCCUAGAUAACCUACAGAACGGAAAGUCACAGCUGCUUCAAACCCUCAUCCGCCUACCCGAUCAGAAGGAAACAAGAUUUGACCCCAUACCCCGGCUUAACUCACUUCACAGCCCCAAACACACCAGUGACAAGGGGUUUUCUUCUGAGACCAACAUCUCCAACUCUCCAGCUAUCCUCCACAACGGCACUUCUACACCACAGCCCGAGGUUAACGGGAAAAUUAAGACAAAGCCGUAUUCUAAAGUAGCCCCCUGUGAGACCACUAUGAAGAAAGCCCCAGAGUUACCCAAAAGUUCAGAUGUGACAGCAAAGCUAGCUAACGGCACCACCCCCACCGCCUCAACAGACACCAAAGCAAUGUGGGUCAGACAGGCUGAGGCGCUGACUCCUCUCCCAACUACUGAACCCAGGAGGGAAGACAGGAGUUAUAACAGAAGCACUAGUGGAAAGAGGCAGCAGCAACAACAACAGCCGCUGACCCAAAUAAAAGAAGACAGGAGAAGUCCACCAGUGUCGAACCCUUCCCCGUCUCCCCCUCCCGCCCUUCAGUCUGAGCAGAACCAGCAAAAUGGCAAACCUCCCAGUGCAGAGUCCCCACAGCCGAAAGGCAAGAACAAGAAGAACAAGAAGAAGAAAGGGGACAAGAUGAACAGCUCCAUAGGUUUGUAGUGUAUUAUUCACAGUUAGAUAGUGAAAGCCCUCCUUCAUGCGAACAUCACAGCAGAACAUUCGCCCUAAUAUCACCCCUGACUAACGUUAUUUCUGAAGAAGCUGAUUUGGCUCUGCAGACAUCAUACUAAGUGAGAGAAAUUUGAACUGUGUCCAAAACAGGCGCAGCAACCAGGGUUCAGCUAGAUAUCUAAAACCCAACUAGUCUCUUGGGUUUUCUGUGCUAUAUCCAUGCAGUUUGCCGCUGCCAUUGACAUCAUACAGGGCUGCAUGGAGCUUUUUGUUACAGCUUAUUUAGUCACAUGUAGUGCUGUUCUGGCCCUUUUUGGUGUCCAAAACCCUCUAGGCUGUCAAGAUGCUAGAGGGGGAACAAGAAAUCUGCCUCCAUAGAUUUCCAAAGCCUCACACUGGACGAGAUAAGAAAUAUCCUGACCAAAUAACUGUUAAUUUAACCUGCUAGCUCUGGGUAUUGUGAUUAAGAAAUAUUAAUAUUACAAUUUUUAAUUUUUCACAUUUUACCCUAUCUUGACUGAAUGUUCUUUUUUGUUGUAGAUGAUGUAUUCUUGCCCAAAGACAUCGAUCUGGACAGCACUGAAAUGGAUGAAACAGAGAGAGAAGUGGAGUAUUUCAAAAGGUGUGUGUGGUACAGUACCUUUUUUUUUUUUUCAAACAGACCAUAUCCUGUUUUCACGUACUGUAUAUAGUCACUCUUCCUGGAAGCGUCAAGGGCGAGGGUGUCUAAGUGUGAUAUGUUGACCACAGUUUUGUGUUUCAGAGAUCCUUCACAGUAUAAUAAUAUAAUAGUUCAAUGAAAUAUGAAAAUAUUUAUUUUAUACUGUUAACGGAGUAUAUUGUUUUGCUCAGAUUGCGUAACACUUGAUGUUUUAGGGGAAUACAGACGUCUUAGAUGAGAUAGGAGGUGAUUGUCCUCUAUAGAUAAAGAGUUCUACCGCUCCACCAGACUGAUAGCGUCUCUGCGUGCCCUAGCUUCAAAUUACAUAACCAGAACUCAACAUUUCAGCCUCCUUUUGUACAAUAGUAGAGGUACACGAUCUGUAAUUAUACACAGUCCAUGGUCCUACAUGAAACCCAGAGUUGUACGUGUAAGUAGUUCUUUUUUUUUCUGAUGCAGGUUUUGCUUGGACUCUGCCCGACAGAAUCGCCAACGACUCUCCAUCAACUGGUCAAACUUUAGUCUGAAGAAAGCUACCUUUGCUGCACAUUGAGGACUGUCAGGACACAAUCAGUACCUUAACAGCUCUACCGACCCACACGGCCCCCUGUACCCUCCACCCCUCAUCCCUUUACCCAGCUGUUCUCCUUCCAGACUUUUCUCUUGCUGUGCCCAAAUCACACCCUCGCUGCCUUGCUUCGUUUUUGUCGCUGUGUGGUUCCAACACAGACCCAUCUGGACUGAUCCACCUGCAGAACUUAAAAUUAAAAAUGAAAUGAAACGACACAAAAAGAAUCACAAAACUGCUACUUCACAUCUGAUUAAUUUUCCUUGCUUGCUUGUGUGCUUUUAGUCUGAGUUAGGCAUUUCUCUUGACUGAAAAGCCAUGGUCUGAAAUUAUUUUCCUAUAAUGGCUUACCUGUAGUCAAAAGAUGCUUACUCUGUCUGGAUGGUUUCCUAAAAAAAGAGAGACUAAGGAAACUACAAAAAAAGAGAACUGUAAUGAAUUAAAAGCUGUAUUUGAGAUAUUGUGGCUUAAUAUCCCAUUGUUUCCCGAUCCUCGCACGGCAUCUCAUCCACAUGAUUGACAAGGGAAUGGGCUUGGUCAGCUGGUCUCCACUCCCUGCCCCCAACCCCCCAUCACCACCACCUCCUCCACGCUAUUUCACAGAAAGGAGGAAAGCGUAAUACUUGACAAUGUUCUUUUUUUGGUUUUUAAGUACUGUUUAACAAACUGUUGAGUAAAAGUGUUCCAGUUACAGUUUUUGUUUUCUUUCUUUUUGACCUGUAGCCAGCUUGUAUCAGAAUACUUUCAGAAUGAAAUUGAAAAAGAACAAUACUCACACUAUCAAUCUGUUAUAGAGUGUAUAUUGUAUUAACACUGAAGCCAAACUGGCUACUUUUAACAUAUUGUUAAGUAAUAUUAAAUCUUGUCUUUCUUUUUUGAAAGAUGGAAUACAGUAGUAUGGCAGGAUUACGUGUCUUGUGUCAAAUCUUCUUUCCUACACAGUGGGAGUCGCACAUAAAACACUUCAACUACACACAGAAAGAAAUAUCGGCCGUAAUGGGAAAAAUGCAAGUCUACUAAAACUACACAAUAAGAUUCCAAACACCCACAUAACUUUACUGUUCAAUUUCAAUCUUUAAUCUAGAAAUAGUGAUAGUAAAAUGAAAUGUGCUGAUGGGCAGAUCAGUCCCAGCUAGUACCUGUUCACGAAAAAACCUCAAAUGCUAAAUUUGGUCAUGGCUUUCAUCAAGGUUCGAUACUCGGACCCCUAAUGUUCCCUUUUUAUUCAGUGCUUUAUCUAAUAUUAUUGCACUGAUGGGCAGACCAGUCCCAGCAUGUACCUGUUAUAGAGAAGUCCUAAAUGCUAAACCUGGUCAUGGAGUUCCACAAGGUUUGGUACUUGAACCCCUUGUGUUUACCCAAUAUGCAACAUGCUUUAUUUAGUGUUAAUGUGCCAAUCGGAAGAUCGGUCCCAGCCUCUACCUGUUCACAUAAAUCCUCAAAUGCUAAAUUUCCACAAGUUUUGGUAUUCAGACCCCUUACAUUCACCUUACAUGCAGUAUACUUUGUUUACUAUCAAAGGCACAUUUUGUUACUUUAAACAGACCCUGAAUAAUGGCUGCUUCCAGCCUUUGGCUAACCCAGUUGACUCGUAUUUAAAGGGUAUGUUAAAUAGUAUUGAAAUACUUAUAUUAGUCUUGCCCCACAAACACUUCACCUCUACAAUGUAGAACUUAUCCUUGAUUAAUUUUCCAGUAACUUGUGAAAAAAUGAAUUAUAUCAAAUUUCCUGUUAAUUCACAGUGAAAUUGCUCUCAUUUGUUGACAAACAAUGAUUAUUUGGGCAACCUUAUCCACAUAUUAGUUGUGUUUUCACCCAGGCUAGCUAAAAUGCUGUUUUUAGGUUUGCUAAUCAUUAAGUAAAGAUAACCACCUCCAUGCUAACAUUUCUGUUUGAUAGUGUUGGAUGAAAUGAUACGGUAGGUGAUGAUAGUUUGCUUACAGAAGCUUUUGGUAGCUAGUGAGGCUAUUAGCAAGGAGCUGGUCGAAUGCUCACAUUAGCAUUUGUGAUUAAACUGUCAGAACCUACUGAGUAAUAAAAAUAGUAAAUUCCAUUUACCCCCUUUAGAUUUUCAAAUCUGUCUAUAAUUUAAAAAAAACAAGUAUCAAAUAAAUUUGUACAAUUUCCUCUUUCAAAGGUUAAAUAUAACAGUGUGACAAAAUCUGAGCUUCCCACGCUGAGCGUGGUGUCAGAGGAAAAUGGCGGCUCUUUGAAUAUGACAAAUAGAGGGUACUGUUUUCCCCAAAGUUACCCAUUCUCACUCUGCACCUUGAUGAGUCAAACACUCUUGUGCUUUUUGGGAAACCCACUGAUUGAACUUCAUCUACCCAGAGCCCUCUCUGUAACUUAGUCAUGAAGAUCCCAGCUUCGGUUUCAAAUGAGAGGUACAUUAAAGAAGAGAGGUAGGGACUACUUAAGGCAUUUACAUGUAGCCCCAUUUCAUAAAUGCACAUGAAGCUCUAGGGAAAUUUAAUUUCAGGCAGUUAUGAAAUCAAGUACAUCCCCUCAGGGUGAAGUGAGCUUGAAAUGAGGUCAUGCUUUGGUUUAUCUAGAUGUAGAUGAGUUAAGACAUACCUUUCACCGAGCAGGACGAACUGUACAUCAGUCAUGUAAAAGUUAUGUUUGUUUACAUGUUGGUAUGAAUUAAAAAAGAAGGCUAAUUGACAUUUUGGUUGAGCUAUUAGAGGCUGUUGGUGUUCUCUUUGUGCUAAAUUAAAAAGAUCUAAAGUUGUAGCUUUCAUGGGUAAACUUAAAGAAAAUAAGAAAUGGCUGUAUGUUUUGGUUUGCAGUUUGAGCUGCUAAAAUCAAAUUUUACUUAUUUAACUCUUACAUCAAAAUAAAACUAAUCUCCACAUUCAGAAUAUUUAUAUCUUUCUUAUUUGACAUAAUAAAAGUAGGACAAAGUAAAGCUGUUUUGAUUGUUUAAAAAAUGUGAAAAUACUGUUUCCUUUAGUUAGAAAUGUUCAAAUCUUGUGUUUACAAGCAAAUGGAUUAUACAACAAGGAAGCCAGGCACAGUUUUGUCCCCAACAGUGACCAUACUUCCUUUUAAGGUCUUCAAGAGUGACUACAUCCAAAGAAAAACCUAAAAAGUGUGAUUUCACAUGAAAAAUAACCCCUCAAACAAAUUUGAUGAAUGAGAGAAUUGUGGUAAACGUACCUGCUUCAAGACAAGACAAAAGGUUUUGGUUUGUGCGAGCAUCCGAGAAGAUAUGAGUCAUAAUUUAUUUCAGGUAUGAAUGAGUGUGUGUCUGUAUAUGCAGAGUAUGCUUGCUUUCAGUCACCAGUGAUGUAAGAUCGGAUCUAUCGCAUUUGAGCAAAUGCCCCCAAAAAAGUACACUAACGUCGACAGGCAAAAAAGCACAGAGCAAGACGUCUCAGCCACAAAUGUUGGCCAUGAUCUACAUACGAAGUGGCACAGAUUUGAGUUGGAUUGACAGAUACAGAAAAAAAUUAAGUCAACUCUGUCCUUCAGUUAACAGUAGGCUUACAUGUCUUUUAAAGUCACCGGAGAUUUGUUUCUAUUAUGUCUACUUUAAGUCCUUCCUUGUUUUGAUCUUUCCCAUUGAAGCUGACUCGGCUGGUAAAGGAAAACAAUGGUACACUAAAAGCAGUCUUACAAUAACAGGGACAAGCACAAAUAGGAUUAUUAAAAGGGAUCACAGCUGCCUUGUAACUUGUAAUAACAAUGUUGAUCUUUUCAUUGUCGACUGCCUGGAGCGCUUCAGGAUCACAUACACUCCUAAAGGAGGGAAUCCCCCCCCUUUAUAUCCCAGAUACUAUCUGCCAAAACACUGUUUUUGAUGGCCGAAACCUUUAACUUCCUUCACAAAAAAAGCUUGAAGAAAACAGCCAGCUUUAUCAGCAAUUACCUGAACCAUAUUGUGUGAACUUGGAAAUGAUCUGUGCAAAAUGACAGCACUCCAUUUUCAAAUAAACUUGUCUGUUUUUUGGGAAUUCCCUUGUGAUGGCGGGAAUUUCCCAUCCUUUUAGGAUACACAUAAGAUUAAAGGCUCUAUCUAUCCCUUCUGCAUUUGUCUGGAUGAAUGUCAGGCUGAAGUUUUCCUUCUUCGUGUAAGUCUGACAGCCACAACAGUAUGUCCUGAUUAUUCGAAACCUAUUUUUAAAAGGAACUGAUCCACCACCGUCACCUGACUUUUCUUUAAUUCAUAAAAUUUCUUAGAAAAGUUUCCAUACACUCAGGUGGGGAUUUGUGACCUAUUUUUUCCACUCUCAGAUUGGUGGGUAGAGCGUUAUGUGUGUGGUGGUUAAGUCUCUUAUAGACCCUGUUGUAAAAAGUGUGGGUGUGUUCUGGUGGGGGGGAGAAUCCCGAGCAGACAGCAUGUGGCCUUUUUAGGACCUGUGUGUAUUUCUACCAGUGCAUGUGGUUGGUUCAUAGCUAAGAGGCUAAAGUUGCCCUUUACAGCCAAAUUGGAGACAAUCUAUCUGUGGGCACAUAAAUUGGAACGGGGCCAGAAUGUUAUGUAAAUGAGAUUAAUGUUUUGGAAACUUCUCAGCCCAGACCAUGGUCCCAAGUUAACUGAUGAGUAAGUUAGCAUGUGAUGCUCACUGCUGUCAUUUGAAUGCUUGGGGACUUCUGUUACAUUUCAGAAGCCAACACUUCAUUGUGUUUUCAGAAGUUGACUCUUCAACAGGUUUUUAAUCAUUUUUUCUAAGAUAAAGCAUAUCUAAUCGCCAAUACAGAUAAAGAAUCGACUUAUUUUAGGUUUUCUUUCAAACAUUUGUCCUCCUUAAAGGAAGUAAAGAUAUUGGACAACACUGACAGCUGUCAAGCUGAACAGGUAAAAAGGCUGUGUUUAAUAGUGACAGAGGUCUCCUGUGAUCCCCCUUUAGAGUUCAUGAUAUUCAGUCAUGUCUCUCUAUUUACACACAUAAAUGUGUAAAAACAUAUUUGGCCAUUUCUUUUAAGGACCGAACAAACAGCUCUUAUCUUUGGUUUACAAAGAGUUGUGGUGUUUUUACACAGUUAGGAAGUGACCUACAUUGUUAAAUACACUUUUUUUCCAAAAUACUGAACAUUACUUAGGAUGGAGUGAAAACUUUAAGGGAAGUGUUAAAUCAUCAUUUUAGUCAUAGUUAGCUUAUAAUAACAGCUAACAAGCUUGAGGUCAUACCAGAUUAGGUAUAUCUAAGGUAACAAAAAGCAGCAUAUUACUGUAAAAAAAAUGAAGCUUUAUUUCCUGUGCUUUAAUAUUUUGUGUUAUACUUGAUAUGCCCUCGCUCCUGAUAAGAGAUUAUCCAUUUUUGUUUAAAGCAACAAGAGGAGGGUGUUUUUGCUCACACAAAGGACAGGGUUGUUUAGCAGCUAUGUUUUUUCUUUGCGCUGCAACUGCCUACUUCCUUUUAAGCAGGGGAUGUCCAGCUUCCUGUGCUUACUUCACCAAACCCAUGACAACUGAUUCACCAAAGCUCUUAACACUUUGGGCCUGUCUGCGUCAAAAUGAUACCCUUCAGUGUCAGGCUACAGACUCAUUUGGCCUCAAACUGACCCACAGGCAGUUACUGAGGUGUUGGAUGUAACCUGAGCUAGCGUCUUGAGCUGGUGUUCUCAGUAUAUCCCUGUAGUGUUUUUGCUUUAGCCACACAACAGCUGGGAAUAUGGCUGUCACAGUACAGCGUGCCCAUUCAGGCAAUGCAGGGAAGGGGUUUUCCAAUGUGCACAAGCACACACACGUGACACAGAUGGACACACACAAACACACACUCAAAAGACAAGCACAUAGAUUAGGUAGCGCCAACAUUUUCGUGGUUAGGCUGUGAUCUGUGGUUUCAGCUCAAGGCUCCAGACUUGAAAAGUUAAAUACGGCACGCAAUAAUGAAGCAUAUUUAAAGUAAUAUAAAUCACCAAAGUUGAAGGGUUGAUAUGUCUUUUUUAUUACAAAAAUAACAUGCCAGCUCAAAAAUUGUCAGUUGGGAUUCGAUCUUUACAUACAUUUUUCCAGUUGUGAUGAUGUAACUUUUUGAUCCCUAAAGAUACCCCCCCUCCCAAAAAAAAAAAAAGAAAAUAUGGCUUUCUUAUUACUAAAAUGAUUUGCCUCUUCCUAUUAUUUAAUAACAGAAAAUAAAUAUCAUAGUUAUACAAUUUAUAUUUGUUAAAGAAUAUAUAAUUUACAGGACUGAAAUACAUAAUGUUCAACUAAAAACAAACAAUAGCACCACGUUGUCAACAAGAUAUCUAGAUUCAAAAAAAGAAGCUUAUGCAUCAUGAAUCUCUUAAUCGCAGGAUCCUACGAUUACUUUUUGGCUAAAUGUCAAGAAAGUGCAAAGGCUGUAAUUUGACACAUUGAGGUAUAUGAUAUUUCCUAUAGUGCAUCAACAUGCACAUCCCCACCUAAAUAACAUCCUGUGUUGAACAGGAGAACACUAAAAAUCAGGCCUGGAUUUUCCUUUUUUAAAGAUGCACCCUUAGAAAAUCCCAAUAAUGUGAUUUCUCUUGCAACAGGGAAACUCAAGCGUCAGGUUUUUGCACAUAAUGCAUCAAACCAUAAAACCCAGCGGUUUCAUUUGUUGUCAAGCCCCUCUGAUUAGGAAUCUCCACUCAGGUUAUUUUCUGAUGUUUAGUGCUGCUCUUCAGUGUUCGGUUACUGUCAGCGAGACAUAUCAGUCUUUUCUAAAAGAGUAUUGUUCCUUUUAUAGUUUGGCACACUCCUCGCAAUGGUUCAGGUACUCUGCUGCAUCUGUCUCGUUGAACGUGGCGAGGCAGCGUGGGCACUGUAACUCCGACAGGCCUGGUCGUUCGCUCCAGGUGGGGUUCACUGUUGUUGAUGCUGCAGCUGCGGGCUGUUUCUGCAUCUCAGCAGGGGUCCUCAGCAGAGGCUCUGAAGGGUCCUUGUGUCGCCUGGAGGAGAUCCUGUGUCCUAUGUGCACACGACACACGGGAACCACUUCUCUGCUCUCCCUUCCUGCUUCCUGCUGCAAGGACAGUCACACACAAACACUGUAAGGGGAAUGCCAACACAGCACGUGAAAGUGCAGUAUAACCACUGGCUUUGUUUCAAUGCUGAUGCCUCACCUGUUUGUGUAGCUGCCGUUUUAACUGAUAAACCUGCUCUUUCAGGUCUUCCAUUUGGCCCUGAGCUCGCUCCCUAUCUGCACGCUCUGACUUGAAGUCGUCUGCAUAAAUAAGAACCUGUGGUAGGAAAACAACAGUUAGUCCUCUCGUUGCUUCAUAUUGAUCAGUUUUCAAUUACUUGUGGUGUUACUAGAGCUGAAUUUCUCAGAAACAGAUGAGAGAUUUACUAAGAUCCCCAUGCAACACCAACCUGCUGCUCCAGAGUCUGGAUGCGCUCUCGAUCUUGCCUCCUCAUCUCCUCAGCUUCCGUCUCCAGCCGCUCACAUUCGUUCAUCUUCUCCUCCAACAAGCCGUUGAGCCUGGAAAUUUCAUGAUGAAGCAACCCUGUGUUUACAGAGCCCAUGCCAGGAAUCAAGCCCUGCCCAGAGGUCUCCUUGAGCCGCUGACACAGUCCUCUGAUGUAGUCUUCUCUGCUGGAGUCGUAUUUUUGCCACUGAGAAUUCAGACCUUGUACCUGAGAUAUGCACAUUGAUGACAUUAAGUUUUGAAUCUUUUUUUGCGUGUAUGUGUUUGUGUCAAUUUCAAGUUGUUGAAGUUAAAUACUUACAUAAACAACCCGCUGCCUUAGCUUUUGAUUUUCCUCCUUAAGUUGGCGAAUUUGAGCAUUAACACUGCUCGUCUCAACAGACUGCAUUGUCUGUAAAAUGAUAGAAAAUAAGUUACAACAGGGCUGAAUAACAGCACCAUUCCACCUUACAAAAUCUCAAGUGUAAGGGUGGGGAAAAAAACAGCCAAGCCUUGCACACCUCCUUAUUCCUUUGUAGCUGAACCUCAUCCUCCACUUCUCCCACUCUCUUCUUGUCUAUCUCCAGCCUGGCCAGCAGCUCCUGGCACACCUUGACCGUUGCGCCAAGUUGGCUGCGCAGCUGGUCCGCCUCCUCAGCCAGGGACGAGCACAGUACUGCUCUGGUGGCCUCGGACCGCUCCCUUUCCUCUAAGGCGGUGCGCAGCCUCUGGAUCUCCUGGUCCUUCUCGUGGUCCGGCUGACACCUGACCUUUUCUAACUCCAGAUCCUUUUCUCUCAGCUGAGCUGUCAGGCGCUGGAUGUCCUGGUGGACACAGAAAUAGUUGCAUGUUGCAUAAAUAUAUGUAUGAUGAUACUUAUACAACAACAUAAAAUUGGGAAUAUUACAACUUAAAGUGAAUGCUGAUCUUUGUUGUGCAGACUCUUCAUACUAAACAACCAAAUUCUGCUCUAAGCUGGUAAAAAAUCUUGACUCAGACUGGUCCUGAGUUGUUGUUUCUUAAAUGUUAAAUGUUUAUUUGCAUUCUUGAGGAUGCAUGUUAACUCCAACAGUCUUGUAUUUGUAUAGAACCAGUUGAGCAGGUGAGAUUAAAGAUAAAACAGAGACAGUUUUCCAAAAGGGUUUAAGUGUUUUUAAGUGUGCUAUUUUGAUUCUUAAAGGGGCUUUUCUUUGCUCCCUGACUAAACAGUCUCCAGCCAAGUGUAAGGUCCAAUCUCUGACAACACCCAUCAGCAUGUAAAAUGAUAUAUGAAGCAUUUAUUAUUGAUAUUGUUGUAUUUUACCUCCUCUUGUUGAGAUGCCUUCAACUCUAAAUCAUUCCUCUUCUGUUUCAGUUUGCAUAUUUCUUUGCACAAGCUCUCCAGCAGGGACUUGGACGGU